UCUAGUUCCGGACGCGGCCGGCGCCAUCUGUCACCGUAGGUCCCACACCACCAUCCGGUCACCCCCAGCCCCGCGUGUCUCCUCGGAGGAGCCUGCUUCUCGACCUGCCACCUCUCUGCCCUGUUCUUGUCCCUGUCUUCUUCGCUGAAUGGAUCUGGUCGGCGUCGCAUCACCUGAACCCGGGCCGGCUACGCCCUGGGGGCCCAGCAAGUGUCCAUGGGCCACCCCUCAAAACACAAUAUCCUGUUCUUUGGCUGAUGUGAUGAGUGAACAGCUGGCUAAAGAAUUGCAGUUAGAAGAAGAAGCUGCUGCUUUCCCCGAAGUUGUUGUUGCUGAAGGACCAUUUAUUUCUGGAGAAAACAUUGAUACUUCCAGUGACCUGAUGCUGGCUCAGAUGCUACAGAUGGAAUUUGACAGAGAGUAUGAUGCACAGCUUAGGCGUGAAGAAAAAAAAUUUAAUGGUGAUAGCAAAGUUUCCAUUUCCUUUGAAAAUUAUCGAAAAGUACAUCCUUUUGAAGACAGUGAUAGCUCUGAAGAUGAAGUAGACUGGCAAGAUACUCGUGAUGAUCCCUAUAGACCAGCAAAACCAGUUCCUACUCCCAAAAAGGGUUUUAUUGGAAAAGGAAAAGACAUCACUACCAAACAUGAUGAAGUGGUAUGUGGGAGAAAGAAUACAGCAAGAAUGGAAAAUUUUGCACCUGGGUUUCAAGUAGGAGAUGGAAUUGGAAUGGAUUUGAAACUAUCAAACCACGUUUUCAAUGCUUUAAAACAACAUGCCUACUCAGAAGAACGUCGAAGUGCCCGCCUUCAUGAGAAGAAAGAACAUUCUACUGCGGAAAAAGCAGUUGAUCCUAAGACACGUUUACUUAUGUAUAAAAUGGUCAACUCUGGAAUGUUGGAGACAAUCACUGGCUGUAUUAGUACAGGAAAAGAAUCUGUUGUCUUUCAUGCAUAUGGAGGGAGCAUGGAGGAUGAAAAGGAAGAUGGUAAAGCUAUACCUGCAGAAUGUGCCAUCAAAGUGUUUAAAACAACCCUUAAUGAGUUUAAGAAUCGUGACAAAUAUAUUAAAGAUGAUUUCAGGUUUAAAGAUCGCUUCAGUAAACUAAAUCCACGUAAGAUCAUCCGCAUGUGGGCAGAAAAAGAAAUGCACAAUCUCACAAGAAUGCAGAGAGCUGGAAUUCCUUGUCCAACAGUUGUACUACUCAAGAAACAUAUUUUAGUUAUGUCUUUUAUUGGUCAUGAUCAAGUUCCAGCCCCUAAAUUAAAAGAAGUAAAGCUCAGUAGUGAAGAAAUGAAAGAAGCCUACUACCAAACUCUUCAUUUGAUGCAGAAGUUGUAUAAUGAAUGCACUCUCGUACAUGCUGACCUCAGCGAGUAUAACAUGCUAUGGCAUGCUGGAAAGGUUUGGUUGAUUGAUGUCAGUCAGUCAGUAGAACCAACUCAUCCUCAUGGCCUGGAGUUCUUGUUCCGUGACUGUAGGAAUGUUUCACAGUUUUUCCAGAAAGGAGGAGUAAAGGAAGCCCUUGGUGAGCGGGAGCUCUUCAAUGCUGUUUCAGGCUUGCACAUCUCAGCAGAUAAUGAAGCUGAUUUCUUAGCUGAGAUAGAAGCUUUGGAGAAAAUGAAUGAAGAUCAUGUUCAGAAGAAUGGAAGAAAAGCUGCUUCAUUUUUGAAAGAUGAUGGAGGCCCGCCAGUGAUGUCUGCUGAAUAGCAUUAGUGCGCACGGCUUUCCGAAUCAACAUGGCGGUGAAUGUCAGCGCCGACAGUGAGUGUAGUGUGGGUGACUAGGAAUUCCAACACAAGAGGAGUGGACAGUGGUGCUUCUGUGCUUUUCCCCUUGUAAUCCAUGUGCCAGAUGUGUGGAAUUUUUAGCUCGGCAUUGAGAGAAUAAAAUGUCACUACCUCUCAUCCUACGGACAGAAUAAUACAAUUCUUUAACAGCUAUAGUUCAUCUAGGGAAGGAGACAGGAUUUUUACAUGACCCGUGGUAGAAAAUGUUUUGAUGAGAAUUAUUAAAACUUAGGUAACUCUUCCUGAAAGGAGAGGGACAGAUGUGUUUACAAGGGAAAUGUUGUGACAACACAUUGCUUUAUUUACCUCCCUAUUUUGUGUUGCAGCCUUUCUCAAAUAUUUUUCAGCCUAAAAUGAGCCCCUCUAGGCUGUGACCAUGAUGCUGUGGGGAAAUUUUUUCUCCUUAGUGGGUGUUGAAAGUGGAAACUGUUUUAGAAGAGCUGGUGGAAAUACAAAUAAGCAAUACUUUUAUUGGUACAUGAAAAUCAGUUGAAUUCUGCUUUUCCUUGCUCAUAUCCAAGAAAAGAAUUGUAGAUUUCUGGAAGAGAUAAUUUUGUAAGAACUUCAUAACCUCAUUUUAAAACUAACUUUCAGCCUUUCUACAAUUAAGUUAAAAUGGAUGAGAAGUAACUCAUGAUGUUGCUGUUCUGCAUUUGUAAUGAAUAUGUAAAUUAUAUGAAAGAACAGAGUAUAAGACUUAACCAUGUUUGACAUAUCUUACUGAAGUCAAUCCAACAAAUUUCAGUUUACAUUUCAGUAAAAUUAGAUAUGUAUUGAUUAUUGAUUUUAAAAGAAUAGAGCAUUAGGGAUAAUAGGGAUAAUGAAGGGUGAAAAGUGUGUAUAAAACAAGUUGGGUGCCAAAUUAACCAGCUAAUUGGAUGUGUCUGGCUUCAAUUUUAAUAGUUUUUAGCACUGGUCAGACAUUACUUUGGAACAAGUAAGCACUGUAUUGGAAAAGUACAUUGGUUUUGUUUGGGGUGAAGUUCAUUGGCUACUGCCCAAUCAUUCCUCCAGGUAUUACGGUCAGACCAGCACCACUUGAAGAUCCAAAUUUCCAGUCUGGUAGUAGAAAGUAAAAAACAACCUAGACAUUUAUAUUUGAAAGCUUUUCUUUUAACAUUUUAAAAUGCCAAAUAUGUUCUUUCUAAAAAAUAUGUUCUUUCUGUUUUGGCUCUGUAAUGCUUUUAACCACAUUUCAGGGAGUAUGAUUUUGGGUAGACUCAUUACAUUUCUUACAUGUUUACUAUGAAACAAAGAUUUAGGUGACUGGUAAUUGUUAGCUUUACAAAAAAUUUAGAGACAUAAUUUUUAAAACAAUUAUUUAAAACUUUUUGUUUUGUUUUCUGAUAUAUUCUGUUUAACAAAAGAGAGCAAACCAUUGCUUGGAGUGUGCUCUGAACUUGGCUUUUAAAAAUUAAAAUUGCAGAGAACGUUUUAGAAUUGA